AAUCUAGUGCCGGGAGAAUUUGACGGCUAUGAUUGGCAAUCUAGCAUGUGUUCGUAGCGGCUCUGGAAAGGAUAGCUACCAUCGCAAUUCCGGUCUUCAGGCCCAAGGAUUCAGCAGCGUCCACGCCACAAUCGAGCAAGCCAUCGCGAGUAGUGCUCCUCUCUUCCUCGAUUCCUCCUUGGAUGUGAUUCGAAUUGUCGACUUGGGAUGUUCCCACGGCUCCAACACGAUCCAGGCCUUGGACUUCGUGGCCCGAGAGAUAACCCGGCUGCGAGAGCAAGUGGGCGAUCGAAAACCUCUGGAGAUCCAGGCCAUCUUCUCGGAUCUGGCAGUCAAUGACUUCAACACUCUCUUCGCUCUAGUCCCACAUCCCCAAGGUGAGCCAUACUUCUUUAGUGGGGUUCCCGGGUCGUUCUAUGGCAGGCUCUUUCCUCGUUCCUCUAUCCACUUUGCAAUGACGAGCUACGCACUGCAUUACCUCUCCAAGAUUCCAGAGUCGAUCACGGACAAGAAUUCGCCAGCUUGGAACAGAGACAGCAUGUUUGUCUCCAGAUCCUCGCCACCCGCGGCAAUCGAAGCCUUUGCCCAGCAAGCCAGCGACGAUCUCUUCGUCUUCCUCCAUAGCCGGGCCCAAGAAUUAGUCACCGGAGGCAUCCUCCUCUUGAUGUUUCCCAUAAGACUCUCCCACGAGCUCAACGAGGCCGAUUUCCCCUUCCAAUCAGUGUGGAAGGAUCUCAUCCAAGAGGGGCUUGUGAGCCAGGAAAGCUUGGAUACUUUCAAUUUCCCUGCGUAUCUUCGCAGUGGGGACGAGGUCAGGUCAUCACUGGGAUCAGUGGACCAGCAAUUCACUGUCAUUCACUCGGAAAAUCUCAAGUUUCCUUGGCUGGAUCCAAAAUCUUCAAGCUAUGCUGCCACGGCAACCAAGUAUUGGAAGGCGGUGUCCAAGCCCUUCAUCGAGAAGCACAUUGGCAACCAGGAAGUGGUGGAGCUCAUGUAUGAGCGAAUGCCAUCCAAGGUCACAGUGUCGUCUCCUUCUGGAGAGCUGGAUAUCGUCUUGCUUGUUCUCGUCAAGAAGUAAUAUUUGGAGGAUGACCCUGUCUAUUGGGAAGCGCUUUCACGAUCAAUGUGCAGUGCUUCCCAUGCCACGCGCUCUGGCAGUGGAAGGCAUUGCUGGCAGGCUCUCCCACUGGACUGUGAGAGUAGCCAAGCUCAAGGAUGUCUCACAGUCGGCAACA